AUGCCCUUGUCUAGGAAGCUUAGCAGAUCAGAGAUGUCUCUACUUUUCAAGCCCGAAAUUGAAAGAAGAUCUUACGACAGGCCAAAAGUGGAGCAAGACUUGGCUAGCAGCAAACGUUCACCGAGCAGAUCGGAUCCACCGACAAUUUACAUCGAAGAUGAACCUGUAACAGACGGUGCUGUAAACGGAUUGCCGAGAAUUCACCGAGCGGUUUCCGAUGGAAAUUUGGACUGGCUAAAAGAACUAGUCGAGAAUGGAGAAGAGGACGUAAACACGCCAGAUCAACAAGGAUGGCCUCCGCUGUAUACUGCCAUUAAGAAGGGAAAACUCGAUUGUGCAGCGUACCUGCUGAAGAAGGGCGCCAAAGAUUUUUACGACAAACAACACGCCGAGUACCAAAAAAGAUUGGUUGCCGUUUCGAAUGACCUUUCAAGGAACAAGGCCAACUCUUUUACAUAG